AUGUAUGUGGACCUGAACAUACCCUGGCCGACGAGCCAUCUGGCCUGUCUCCUCCAGACGACCGCAACAUCGCGCAAGGGAAAACAGAAGGCGACGGCCAAGUCGAGCACUCCCGGCGCCGCGCCGUCGAUCAAUGCGCUGGAUAUCUGGAGGGGCGUCUCGAGCGAGGAGCGGGACAGGCUUCGCGAGCUGGUCGAAUGUGCGAUCCGACUCGGCUACAGCGUCGUCGCCUUCAACCUCGUCGUCCCUCAAUCCCUCGACCCUCUCCUCCUCCUCCCUCACUUCCCCUUCCCCGGCGACGCCCCGCCGUUUCCCGAGCUCGACCCUCGCACCGCGUCAGCUAAUGGGUCGACGAAGACCGUGCUCCAGCUGAGUCGGCUGACCAUGGUCAUGGACGAGCAUGUCGCGGGCAGUGGCAAAGGCGUCUUCGGCUUCUCGAAGUCUCAAGCCGGAUAUCUCAGUCGAUACUCGCUUCUCUCAGCUAUGCCCUUAGACGCCGCCAGCUUUGCACACGCCUGUCUCUCGCUCUCGGCGCCAUCGCCAACAGGGAUCGAUCUGAUAAGCUUCGACCUCGGCUCGUCCCCGAAACUGCCGUUCCACAUGCCGCUGUCAACAGUAUCGAACGCGCUGAAACACGGCGUGCUGUUCGAAGCGAUCUACAGUCCAACAACCAGUCGGAACAGCUUCCCCGCCCACUCGUCCACCGGCUUCCCCGUCUCCGCAUCCUCCGCUACCUGCCGACGCAACCUCGUCAGCGUCCUCAAAGAGAUCAUUCGGGUCACUAAUUGUGCUAAAGGCCUCGUCGUCAGCUCUGGUGCUAAAACAUGGGCCGAGCUUAGGGCCGCCGGCGACGUAAUCAACUUACUCAACGUCCUCGGCCUCUCUCAUGAACAUGGCCGGAACGCGUUGGCAACAAACCCGAAAUCGCUCGUCUCCCGAGCCAUGUCCACUCGACAGACCCACAAGGGUGUUAUCUCCAACCCCCUCAUCGUCUCCGUUGUCCCCGCCAAACGGCCCUCGCCACCCUCACACCCUUCCCUCGAUGUGCCCGACGUGGAACAAACUGAGACUUCCAAUGAUAAGGAGCCCAAACGGAUAAAAACUUGA